AAUGGCGAAACUGGCUUUGAUGUCGAGAGUAAGAAGUGUGCAACUUCCUUUUCCGGCUGGAGUGCCCAGGGUGAUCCCUGAAAAUGUCCACAAACGCAAAAAUAAUAAAGCCCCUAGGGGAGAAGCCAGACGCCUUCGAAGAGUCGGUGUCUCAGACACUUUUCGAAUUGGAGGCGAACAGCGACUUGAAAGCACAUCUUAGGGAACUGCAUUUUGUUGAAGCGAAGGAGGUAGAAGUCAAUAGCAGGAAGGCCAUCCUGAUCUACGUGCCGGUGCCUCAGCUGAAGCAGUACCAGCGCAUCCAAGCACGCUUGGUGCGGGAACUGGAGAAGAAGUUCAGUGGUGUGCACGUGGUGUUCCUGGCUAAGCGGCACAUCCUGCCCAAGCCCACCCGUAAGACCCGGCAGAAGCAGAAGAGGCCCAGGUCACGCACCUUGACCGCCGUGCACGAUGCCCUGCUCGAGGACCUUGUUUUUCCCGCGGAGAUCGUGGGCAAGCGAACCCGGGUACGCCUGGACGGCUCUCGCCUGAUCAAGGUGCACCUGGAGCGGUCGCAGCAGACCAACAUUGAGCAUAAGACUGAAACAUUCUCUGCCGUCUACAAGAAGCUGACAGGGAAGGAGGUGAACUUCGAAUUCCGUGAUCCCCCGUGCUAACCGAAGUCUUCUAUCUGGGCCAUGUAAUAAAGGGCAGUGCUGUUCAA